AACGGACUGAGCCAUGCAGGUGACCCUGUACCAUUCCUUUUUGAAUUGGGGCAUAUCCCCAUUUUUUAGUGCUACUUGUAGUCACAACCUUUAUUUUAAAGGUUUUAUGUUGUAAAUAUUUGACUUGAUAUAAAAUUAUUUUUAUGCAGGGUAACAGAUAUUACAGCCUUAGUUUAUCAGAGAAUGUACCGGAAAAUAACUGCAAGAAAAGUAAAUAGAUAGGGUUCCCCCCCCUUUUAAAAUUACUGCUAAAUACACCAGAAAAUUGACACAAAACCAAAUCCAAGGACUUAUAUAGACAUUACCGUUCAAUUUUAGUUAUAAGAGUGAAAAAAUAUUUAAAAACUUGUUAUACAGUCCAUUUUUUAUUUUCUUGAUGAAAUGGUAACUGGAUAUCUAAUCAGAGUUUGUUUUUAUGUUGGGGCAGUUAGGAGGAAUUGAAUGUUGAUCCUAGUCACUUGUAUACUUCCAUGGUAAAACUAGCUUUAGUUCAUUUAUCGCUUAUGUGUAUUAGGAAAACUUACUAUAGGGAAGAAUUAUGUUUACAUACAGAUACAAAAAGUUUAAACUCAUGUCUUACGAACAUAGGCUGAUGAAGGAGGGUUGGGAUGAGAAACGAUAUCUUGAUAACUACAGAAAUGAGGAAAGGAAGCAGUGGGUACAGAGAACUUUGUCCUGCUCAGAGAUCCCCAAAGAAUCCCCGUCCCCUCCCCCUACCUCCUGCCAGAAUGUUGGGUUUCAAAGAAGGAGCAGAUUAACGGAUAUCAGGAGUAGUGUGGCCUGGGCUGAGAAUAAGGAUAACUUAGGCAAAUUACGAGUUAAUAGUACUGUCUGAAUCAUUACAGUCUGCCUACAUGGCAUAUCUGUGAAGGUAAAGGGAACAAACUCAAGGAACAUUAGAGCUUCAGCUGUUGGAAGGAAGUCAUAUGGUAAGGGAACUACCAAAGGCCAAGACCAAAUAGAAAUUCAGCCCCAAAGUCUCAGCAGCCACCCCUUAGUGAGCCAGCCUAGACGUGGAGCUGAUGUCUGACUCUCCGGUUCUCAGCAUGCCUGGGAGAGCUAUUGCUGUGGGACAUAGGCCACACAGCAUCAACUGACUCACAAUGGCAUUGUCAAUGCUAGCCUCUUCGAGAAACUCUUCCUCUAUAUUGCCUUCACUAUGGAAGAACCAAAGGGCCUUGAAAGAGGGUAAGAUAAAGUUUCAGACUUGGGCUCAGCAAAAGAGGGACUUCAGGCUGGGACCAGAGCCAAAAACUACAUGUGUUACAUUGGGGAUUGUGUUGCUGUUGGUGAUUUUCCUGCCAGGCUUGUACUGUGACCCUGGAUCUGUGUAUUACUCUUCUUACGAAACAGUCAUCCCCAAGAGUCUGACAGUCAAGGGAAGGGAAGACCCAGGGGAAAAGGCAUCCUAUACACUAUUAAUGCAGGGCCAGAAGCAGGUGAUUCAACUGAAGGUGAAGAGAGACUAUUUUGUGAAUAACUUUCCAGUCUUCAGCUACCACAAUGGGGUCCUGGGGCAAGAAGUGCCUUUCAUCUCUCAUGACUGUCACUACGAAGGCUACAUAGAAGGAGUCCCGGGUUCUUUUGUUUCCCUCAACACCUGUUCAGGCCUCAGGGGCAUCCUGAUUAAGGAGGGGAAACCCUAUGGCAUUGAGCCCACGGACACCUCAGAACGGUUUGAACAUGUGUUGUACACCAUGGCACCCCAAGCUCGAGUGUCCUGCAGCGUCACUUCCAGAGGCAGCCAAGUGGUGUCCACCAGCCGGCAACAAGGGAGCAGGAAGCCUCGCAGUCUACAGGCACUGCCGUCCUUUUGGUCACACACCAAGUACGUGGAGAUGUUUGUCGUGGUCAGCAACCUGCGCUUCCAGAUGUGGGGCAGUAACGUCGAUGAGACGGUCCAGAGAGUAAUGGACAUCACCGCUCUGGCCAACAUCUUCACGCGGGGCAUAAACACCCAGGUGGUGCUGGCUGGAAUGGAGAUCUGGACCGAGGGGGACCUCAUAGAAGUCCCAGCGGACUUGCGAGUUACACUGAGGAAUUUCAAUAGCUGGAGACAGGAGAAGCUCUUCCCCCGGGUGAAGCACGAUGUUGCCCACAUGAUCGUGGGACAUCAUCCUGAAGACGAUGUGGGACAGGCAUUUCUCAAUGGUGCCUGUUCAAGAGGCUUUGCAGCCGCUGUUGAAUCCUUCCACCAUGAAGACGUCCUCCUGUUUGCGGCGCUCAUGGCCCAUGAGCUUGGGCACAACUUGGGUAUUCAGCACGACCACUCGGCCUGCACUUGUAAAGAUAAACGCUUUUGCCUCAUGCGUGAAAACAUCACUAAAGAAAGUGGCUUCAGCAACUGCAGCUCUGACCACUUCUACCAGUUCCUCCGGGAACACAAAGGGGCCUGCCUGUUUAACAAGCCCCGGCCCCAAGGUCGCCUGCGUAGGCAAGCCACGUGUGGAAACGGUGUGUUGGAGGUGAAUGAGGAGUGUGACUGUGGACCUGACUGUGGUAAUAACCCGUGCUGUGACGAAACAUGUAGGCUGAAUGAGCGUGCACAGUGUAGUGACGGACUGUGCUGUUUUAAUUGCCAGUGGAGACGUAAGGGUUUCAUGUGUCGUUCUGCUCUUGGAGAGUGUGACCUCCCAGAGUAUUGUGAUGGUACCUCUGGAGAAUGUCCCAGGGAUCACUAUAAGCAAGAUGGUACAUCGUGUGAUAUAAUUCACUAUUGUUUUAUGGGCCGGUGCAAGAACCCUGAUACUCAGUGCAUGGAUAUAUAUGGGUCACCUGCAAGGUCAGCCCCAGAAGACUGUUAUAUUUCCAUGAACACGAAAGGGAACCGGUUUGGAAACUGUGGCUAUCCUACUGCUGCUGUCCCUAGAUAUGUUAAGUGCACUGAUGAGAAUAUAUUUUGUGGGAAACUUAUAUGUACAAAUAUUACACGGGUACCACCAAUCAAACCUCACCAUACUCUGAUUCAGGUAGCUCACAAUGAUGACUGGUGCUGGAGCAUGGAUGUCUAUAACAUUACUGAUAUCCCUGAUGAUGGAGAUGUGGACACGGGUACCCUUUGUGCCCCAAACAAAAUCUGUGUGAAUUACUCCUGCAUUGAUCAUGCUGUGCUUAAGUAUGAUUGUGAACCUCAAGAAAUGUGUAAUGGGAGAGGAGUCUGCAACAAUUUAAGGCACUGCCAUUGUGAGGAGGGCUAUGCACCCCCUGACUGCAAAGUUUCAGGAAAUGGGGGUAGUGUGGACAGUGGUCCCCCCGGCAAGCCAGAUGAUGGAAAUGUAAGUGAAGAUGAAACUAGAGGUCUUAGUUUUCAUCGUGGUAAUUUUGGCAGGGUCAGUGAGAAUAAAUUUGAAAGCAAAAGUCUUGGCAAUCUAUUGUACAUAUUUCCCUUACUUCUUGUGGCAAUAUUUUUAAGUCUGAUUAUUGGUGCCAGUGUUGGGGCUGGAAAGGAGAUAUCACAGUGCUCACAAGGGACUCUAGAAGAUACUGAAGAAGAAGCUGUACAAGAAAAGGAAGGAGGCCAAGUAGAAGAAGAAGUAGAGGUAAGAAAUAAGUAG